AACUCGAAGUCAGCUGACUUUGGCCUGUUAUGUAGCAGGGAGUGAUUAACAAGUUAUCGCGUUAAAAAGCAACACAAUUAGGCUAAAUUAUAGACAAAUUAUUUGCUGUUUCGUGUAUUGAGUUGUGUUUCAUAAUCGGUUUACUGUUUACAUUUUAUAUUUGUGUGUGUGUUUGCAAUCUGUGUUUACUUUAUCCUUAGGAAAUUAACAGUGGAGUUUUUUAGUCACGUCUUUAUUAAUGAUUUAUUUUUAUUGAGUUGUUAAUGUGUAGUGUUUUACAUGUUUCAAUGUGUGUUUACACAAUCACCAUGACGUAUGGGCGGGCACGCGUGUGAUCCCGAGAUUCCAGACCCAGCUAAUGGAUGUCAGAGAUGUCAGAUGUAUCUGUUCUUGUUCGUCAUGGCGCCGUUGCAGCGAGGAUGAGGACGGGUUUUUUCUUUUUUAAACUCCCAUAAUCUACUCCUCUAACUCCUGUAUGCUGCGUUUUUACCCUCGAACCUGAGUCCAUUUCGUCUGGAUCGGAACCGGCCAUGACCGUGGAGCAGAAUGUCCUGCAGCAGCACUCUCAGAAGCACCAGCAGACAUUACUGAACCAGCUGAGGGAAGUUACUGGAACGACAGAUGUUCAGCUGUUACAGCAAGCACUGCAGGCCAGUAACGGUGACCUAGCCGAGGCGGUUGCCUUUCUCACGGAGAAGAAUGCCAAGGUCCCGCAGCAAGAUGAAGCCACCUAUUACCAGACGGCCCAAAUCACCAAUGAUCGCUACAUCAGCGUGGGCAGCCAGGCUGAUACAAAUGUAAUUGAUCUCACUGGAGAUGAUAAAGAUGACCUGCAGCGGGCCAUCGCUCUCAGUCUGGAGGAGUCGAACAGGGCCUUCAGAGAGACCGGCAUCACCGAUGAAGAGCAGGCCAUCAGCAGAGUCCUGGAGGCCAGUAUCGCUGAGAACAAGGCCAGCCUGAAGCGCACACACACCGAAGUAUGGAGCGAUUCACCCAACCCGUACGACAGGAAGAGGCAGGACAACUGUCCCGUUGGGCUGAAGAACGUGGGGAACACGUGCUGGUUCAGUGCCGUCAUACAGUCUCUUUUUAACCUGCUGGAGUUCCAGAGGCUGGUGUUGCAUUAUUCGCCCCCUGCACGGAUGCAGGACUUGCCCCGCAAUCAGAAGGAGCACAGGAACCUGCCCUUCAUGCAGGAGCUGAGGCACCUCUUCUCCUUACUGGUGGGAUCCAAGCGGAAGUAUGUGGACCCGUCCCGAGCCGUGGAGAUCCUCAAGGACGCCUUCAAGUCCAGCGAGUCUCAGCAGCAGGAUGUGAGCGAGUUCACCCAUAAACUCUUGGACUGGCUGGAGGACGCGUUUCAGAUAAAGGCCGAGGAGGACAGGGAGGGAGAGAAGCCGAAGAACCCGAUGGUUGAGCUUUUUUAUGGACGUUUCCUGGCUGUGGGCGUCCUGGAGGGAAAGAAAUUUGAGAACACGGAGAUGUUUGGGCAGUACCCUCUCCAGGUGAACGGCUUCAAAGAUCUGCACGAGUGUUUGGAGGCAGCCAUGAUCGAAGGAGAGAUCGAGUCUUUGCAUUCUGCGGAGAACUCCGCCAAAUCAGGACAGGAGCACUGGUUCACAGAACUCCCACCAGUUUUGACCUUUGAACUGUCGAGGUUCGAGUUUAAUCAAGCCUUAGGCCGACCUGAAAAGAUUCACAACAAGCUGGAGUUUCCCUCCAUGCUGUACAUGGACAGGUACAUGGACAGGAACAGAGACAUCACGCGGAUAAAACGAGAGGAGAUCAGAAGACUAAAAGAGCACCUGACCGUCCUCCAGCAGCGACUGGAGAGGUAUCUGAGCUAUGGCUCAGGGCCCAAGCGGUUUCCUCUGGCCGACGUUCUCCAGUACGCCAUGGAGUUUGCGUCCAGCAAGCCUGUGUGCGCGUCACCUGUGGAAGACAUUGAUACAACAGCACCACCUGGUGGCAUGACUGCACAGCUGCCACCUCCAGCAAGUGCAGGGGAUCAGCCGGACGCGUCCGUCUCACCCGAGGGCUCCAGCUCUGGUCUGCAGGCUCAGCAGCAAAGGGUCUCCAUCCAUAAACCAUUCACUCAGUCUCGCGUGCCGCCGGAUCUCCCCAUGCACCCCGCCCCACGAAACAUCACAGACGAGGAGCUGCGGGUGCUGGAGGGCUGUCUGCACCGCUGGAGGAGCGAGGUGGAGAAUGACACCAGAGAUCUGCAGGCCAGUAUAUCCAGAAUCCACAGAACCAUCGAGCUUAUGUAUUCUGACAAGUCCAUGAUGCAGGUGCCGUACCGGCUGCAUGCCGUUUUGGUCCACGAGGGUCAGGCAAACGCAGGGCACUACUGGGCGUACAUCUAUGACCCACAUCACCGACAGUGGAUGAAAUACAAUGACAUUUCAGUGACAAAGUCGUCCUGGGAGGAGCUGGUGCGAGACUCGUUCGGCGGAUAUCGCAAUGCCAGCGCGUACUGCCUCAUGUAUAUUGAUGAUAAAAAACCCUUCCUUAUUGAAGAGGAGUUUGAUAAAGAGACAGGGCAGAUGCUCAGCGGCUUGGACAAGCUCCCUCCUGAUCUAAAGGAGUAUGUUGAGGGGGAUAACAAGCUCUUUGAGAAGGAGAUGGAGGAGUGGGACGCUCUACAGGUCCGCAAACUCCAGCAGGAGAAACUGGCUCUCGCUGCCGCCGCCGCCGCCAGUGUGGCCGCCCAGCCCAUGAGCACUGAACCCUGCCCUCCAGACAACACCGAUGAGCCGAGUCUGUCUCCUCAGCCGGACCCCGAGUACAUGGAGCAGCAGUCGCCCACCGGAGACUCCAAACACCUGCAGGAGGACACGCAGAGAGCCAUCAGCAAAGCCGCCGCCGAGCUCGAUGAGAAGAGUCCAGAGGCCCUGCUCAACACAUCGUCUCAUCCCGAGAGCGCGGUGACCUCUGACCCUGAGCAGGACGACCCCGCCUCCUCUCCGCCCGCGCCUCAGCGGGUGGUAGAGGUGGCCAUUCCUAAUGUAGGAACCUUUGUCAUUCAGUCGAAGGAGGGAGGUUAUGAUGAUGAGGUAGAGUUCUUGGAGGCGAUGAUGACCCCAAACAUGCAGGGUAUCAUAAUGGCCAUUGGCAAAUCCAGGAGUGUUUAUGACAAGUGUGGGCCUGAAGCAGCGUUCUUCAAGGCGAUGAAAGUGGAGUACACUCGUUUACUGCGGUUCGCUCAGGAGGACACGCCCCCUGAGAGGGACUACCGGCUGCAACACGUCAUUGUUUACUUCAUACACAACCAGGCGCCCAAGAAGAUCCUGGAGAGGACUCUGCUGAUGCAGUUCGCCGACAGAAACCUCGGCUUUGAUGAGAGGUGUAAGAGCAUCAUGAAGGUGGCGCGUGCUAAACUGGAACUCAUUAAGCCUGACGAGGUGAACAUGGAGGAGUACGAGAUGUGGCAUCAGGAUUACAGGAAUUUCCGUGAGACGACAGUGUUCCUGUUGAUCGGCCUGGAAUUAUUCCUGAAGAAAAGUUACGUGGAAGCGUUGAUGUACCUGAUCUACGCCUACCAGUACAACAAAGAGCUCCUGGUGAAAGGCCCAUACAGAGGCCAUGAUGAAGAACUGAUCGCCCAUUACCGCAGAGAGUGCCUGCUAAAGUUGAACGAGCACGCAGCCGCCCUGUUCGAGACGGGCGAGGAGGCCGAGGUGAACGCGGGGCUGAGCAUCAUGAACGAGCUGGUUGUGGCCUGUAUUCCUCUCCUGCUGGUGGAUGAGAUGGAGGAGAAAGACAUGGUGGCCGUGGAAGACAUGAGGAACCGUUGGUGCUCGUACUUGGGCCAGGAAAUGGAGCCUAAUCUGCAGGAGAAGCUCACCGACUUCCUGCCUAAGCUGCUCGACUGCUCGACCGAGAUCAAAAGCUUUCACGAGGCGCCCAAACUCCCAGCAUACUCCACGCUGGAGCUGUGCGAGCGUUACGGCCGGGUCAUGACGUCGCUCACCCUGAGCCGGACCCCUGCAGACGGCAGAUGAGCUGCGCAGACUUCACUAACACAUGCCUUCCUUAAAGCAGGGCUGCUUCCCCAAACCUACCCAGUUUUCCUUUCUCUUUUUGCUGCUAGAGAUUUUAACUUUAUCCUUAUUGGUAUUAUUAAUAUUAUUUUGAGGAUUCUGUUAUAUUUUAAAGCUAAUGCAACAGUGAGAAGUUAAGAACGGUGUGAAACUAAGAAGAGACAAAGUAUAGUUCACCUAAAAAUAAGUUUCACUUGCUUUAUGUGCUUCAAAACCCGUAUGAAGAGGAGAGCAGAGCAUUCGAGCUGGUCACCAUUUAUGUUAAUUAUAUUUAAAAGAAAAAAGUCAUACGAGUUGUGAGCGACAUGCGACGUUUAUUUUUGAGUGAACUAUUUUUUCAAAGUGAGAGUGGUGCUUUAGACUUUGGCGCAUGCAGCUUUAGCUUUGUGAAACGAGGUUGAGGAUUAAUUUCAAUAUUUAGUUUUAUUUUGCCCCCCGAUUUAACAUAAGAACAACCUGCCACACGCCCUCCGUUUGUUACAGUGUUACUGCAUUGUUUUGUUUUGAUUUUCUAAGGACAGUGAGACAAAAAGCUGGAGGUUCUCUGUGACGGGUCUGUGCACCCGACACCCGGGACUUUAACUCAAGUUUUAAGUGCUGUGGUUGGCAGCCAUGGGACAUACUGUGGCUUGUUAAUACAUUGAGAGAAUAAAGUUUUAUUUAUGGCUAUUUUAGGCCAAAUACAUAUUUUUUUAAACGUUCCUAAUCUUUAUUGAACUUGGCAUUGAAUGAAACUGUGCUGUGCUACUUUGGGCAUCUCAAAGAGAACAGAGUAUGUUUAGAUUUGUCUGCACCUGAAUCUUUUUUAGACUCUUCCUGAGUUUGUUUUACCAUAAGAAGUUUCUUAGAUACAGAGUAAAGAGGCACAAACACUAAUGCUCUCCGAGAACACAGUCCUAUACUGAAGUACACAGUACUAUGCUAUACUAUACUACAGUCCAUCGCUGUGCAUUCGUAUUACAAUGUGCAGAUUGAACAUGCUUUGUUGCAUUUCUUCAAGAUAGCUUUAAAGGGGUUUUUGAUGCCAAGCAUCAACUAGAAUUACAAGUUUAGCAUUCAGACAGGUGGAUAAGUCCUGGAUGCAUUACCAUUGUACAUACACCUUUAUGUUUGUGUCAAAGAGUGUGAUUUUCAUUUUUUUGAACAGAGCAGCUUGUUUCGUGCAUAUGACUUUAAAGGCUAUUAAACAAAGCUGACACAAAUAAACAAACCAAAACUCA